CUUUUGUUUCUCUGCAGGACCUUCUGCGCUGUGUGGCCAGAGGGAGUACUUCCUGGUUCACACAGUGAAGAAUGCAGAUCAAGCCAGAGAACACUGCAGAUAUCUCUACACAGACCUGGUGAGCAUCACAAGCCAAGACGUGCUCCUGGAUAUUGAACAGCUGAUGAACAAAGACAUGUCCAAUAUCGACUACUGGAUAGGACUGACAAGGGAAGGUGGGUCUUGGGUCUGGGGAAACGGGGAAACUUUCAACUACAGCAACUGGGGAGACACAUGGAGCACUUCAAACUGUGUGACGCUCAAGACCUCUGAUUGGAAUUUUGGGAACUGGCAGGUGAACGACUGCAACGACAACAACAAGUUCAUCUGCUACAAAGAUCCACAGGACACCACCACUGUUCAGUCUGACUCUCAGAGCUCUCCAACCACCGGGCCAGCCGCUUCCCAAACACCAGAUGGAGGAGAACAAUCCCAGCAGCCUUCCACGAUGGGUGGCACCUCUCCUCGAGUCAGCUCCCCUGGACACUCCAGCUCCUGGCUCCCUAGCACUUCACCUGCAGGAACAGCCACUCCAGUCCCUGAGGAGCUCCACCUGAUCUCUCACAGUAUGGUCUGGCCGGAGGCUUGGCAGUACUGCAGGGAUCACUACACUGACCUAGUGAGCCUCACAAGCCUGGCUGCACAGAACAGAGUGUCGGGGCUCGUCAGGAACAGCACUGCAUCGCGAUUCUGGAUCGGCCUGCACAGAACCGUUGUGUAUGAUAACUGGUACUGGGUUGCUGGUAAGGAUAAGAGGGCCCCCCUAAACUACACUAACUGGGCCCCUGGGGAGCCCAACAAUCCUUACUAUGAGCACUGCGGGGAGAUGGUGCUGGGGGAGAAUGGGGGGGCUGAGUGGAAUGACCUGUGCUGCUAUGAAAAGCUCCCCUUUAUCUGUUUAGAUUAGAAACACCUUUAAAAGGUAUCAUAGCAGCGGUUCUUAAACAAUCUAUAGUUUACGGUCACUUUAGUCUAAAAAAGAAGCAAUUUACUAAAAAAAUAUAAAAAUAUCUGAAUCUAAAUUUUGCUGUAUAAACGUGAUGUGUGAAUAUUAAAGCAAAGUAAAAUCUUUUACAGAGUUUGGCAGUGUCAAAGUUCUGUAGAUGAUAAUAAUUUGUAGCCAUCUUAUAGGGGCAAUAAUUACUUAUAAAAGACUUAUUGAGGCUGAUUGUGAGAAAGUGAGGUGGGGAAGCAUAGUACUGUUGCACAGGCUUCAGUGCACAAUGCUUGUCUUAUGGUAUUCAUUGCAUAGCGCAACACUAAUAUAAUUCCCCUCUUCACCUCCUUACAAUCAGCAUUGAGGAGUCUUUUCAGAAGCUGUUGUGCUCCGCUUGUUUUUUUGAAUUCAGGAUAUGCAGCUAUUUAAAAUGCCAGGCUGUAGAUAAACUGCUGCAUCCUGGUACCUGUGCUGUGGGUCACUGGGUUUGAUUGAGGCUGGACCAUUGGAGAGAGUUUGAACUGCAGUACAUGAACUGACCAGCUACCAGGAAGCAGCAA